AUGGUGUCAUUCAAAGGUACCCCAAAUCCACAAAGGUUAUGGAAGUCAUGGAUUGAUGAAUUACAACCAACCCAUCAAAGCAUUUGGAAGAAAGUUGGGAUCUUUGAUGCUAUCUUGUCAUCGGGUUAUUACAUUAAGAAGGAUAAUGAGCUAAUCAUAAGUUUGGCUGAGAAAUGGUGCUCUAAAACAAAUACAUUUAUCUUUUCUUGGGGUGAAUGUACCAUUACUUUGGAGGAUGUUAUGAUUUUGGGUGGAUUUCCUGUUUUGGGUGUUUCUGUUCUUACCCCUUCUAAGAAUAGAAACUUUGAUGAUAUUGAGGCUAGUUUGGUCAAUUCAUGUUCUGAAAUUAUGAGUAAUUCUAAUAAUCUUGUGACUCAUUUAGGUUGGAUGAAGUAUUUCAAGGGUAAAGGUGGUCAUUUGGAGCAUGUUGCUUUUCUUGUAUUGUGGUUGUCUAGGUAUGUUUUUCCUACAAAUGUGUACAAUACUAUUGCUCCUAAUUUGUUUUCAAUUGCAAUUAGUUUAGCUAAUGGUACCAAGAUUGCUUUAGCUCAUGCUGUUUUAGCUUCGAUUUAUCGUGAUUUGAGUUUGUUAAAUGAGAAAAUUGUUAGUUUCAUAUCAUGUGCUGGUGAAAAUGGUAAUUCAAAGCUUGUUCUUACUGCACCAUUAUAUUUAGUCCAUGUACGGGCUUGGGAAAGGUUUACUAGAUUAGGUAAAAAGCCGAAGUUUCUUGCUCGUGGAGAGCCGAGAUUGGCUCGUUGGCGCGGUUCAAAGAAAUCGAAAAAUGGGAGUUUGAGGCUGCAGGAUGUGGAGUCAUUUGGGGAUGAUUUUUUGUGGCGGCCUUAUGCUUUGAAUGUGAAGAAUUGGGAAGUUCCCAAGUUUUAUUGUGAUCAAGGAAUGUGGUUGUUGUUGAAUUCUGCUAUGGGAUGA